AUGGAGGUAUUGAACAAAUUAAAGCAGCUGGACGCGUAUCCGAAGAUCAACGAGGAUUUCUACAGCCGUACGCUGUCCGGGGGUAUCAUUACCCUCGUUUCAUCUGUCAUCAUGACGCUGCUCUUCGUUACCGAACUCCAGAUCUAUCUGAAGCCAUCAGUGGCGAACGAGCUGUCAGUGGACAUGUCGAGGGGCGAAACCAUGCGCAUUAAUGUGAGUUGCGUACUAGCUGGACGUGACCUUCCCGCACCUUGGCUGUGCCAUUCUCAGCUGGACGUGACCUUCCCGCACCUUGGCUGUGCCAUUCUCAGUCUAGACGCCAUGGAUAUCAGCGGGGACCAGCACCUCGACGUGGUCCAUAACGUGUACAAGCGGCGGCUGGACAAGAAUGGGCGGCCGAUAGAGUCACAGGGGACGAAGCAUGAGGUGGGGGCGAAGCAUGAGCCGGUGAAGCUGAAGGACAAGCACGGCAACGAGGUGGACGAGAAGCACGAGAACCUGUGUGCGAGCUGCUACGGUGCUGAGGAGCACGAGCACGACUGCUGCAACACUUGCGACGAAGUGAGGGAAGCGUAUCGUAAGAGAGGGUGGGCGUUCACCAACCCGGACUCCAUCGAGCAGUGCAAGAAGGAAGGCUUUACCGAGACCAUCAAGGCGCAGGAAGGCGAGGGGUGCAACAUGUACGGGUUCCUGGAGUGCAAAGAAGGUUUCACCGAGACCAUCAAGGCGCAGGAAGGCGAGGGGUGCAACAUGUACGGGUUCCUGGAGGUGAGGGGUUCAGGGGUUUGGUUGGGCUCAGGGGAGUGUGAUGGGCUGCUGCAGCCUACAAGAAGGCGAGGGGUGCAACAUGUACGGGUUCCUGGAGGUGAGGGGUUCAGGGGUUUGGUUGGGCUCAGGGGAGUGUGA